AAUACGCAUGUACGCGGAUUCAACAUGGCGACCUACAUGAGAUUGUUUUGCCUCGAACACUUUCCAGCGCAUUUACACCCUUUACACGUAGCUGUCAGUAAGUUACAGUUCACUAGAAGGUUUCCGAGCUGCAGUGAACUCACCUGUGCGUUGUUGUUAACUAUUCGUGAAAUUCAGGCGUCCAGGAAACCAGGCUUUUUAGUUUGCGCCCACGUAACAGCGGAAGAACAGAUUGAUGGCAGUGCGCUGAGUGUCUGCAGUAACGACAACGCUCUUGGGGUUUAUGUGAGCAAAACGUUUCUCUUACACUACGAACUGCAAGAAAAUACAAGAGGAACUGUCCGUCCACUGCAACUUCUGCCUCUUAACAGGAUUGUUAUUGGCGCUCGAACAAAGCAAAGUUUUAAAUGGGCAUCCUCAGAGAAGUUCUCCAGCGUUCUGCUUAUACUGGCAUCGUGUCAUAAACAGACAUUGUUGGCACGGCAAGGCGAUGUGUUGGUUUUGCCAUACCACCCUUUGCUUGGCGAUGAUACCACACAGAUAAAUCAGUAUAUGUCAGAUCUGGUUGUGUUGGAGUGUACGCCAGUCACUCAGGGAAUGAUUACCAUCCACACUAGCGUUGUGGUCUCUGAUUGCAGGGAUCUUCUGCUUAGUCAUGCCUUGCUGGACCUUGCUGUCACCCCACUGGGCAGACCUUCAAAUUCAUCCCUGUUUGCUUCUGACUUUGCCCAUUAUGCAAACAGUCUUGGUCCAGGGAGCUCCUUGUUGAACAAUAAACUGUUGAUAUCCUCUGGCUUUACAGGUUUUCUUCAGGCUCUUGAGUGUAGGCUAGAUGUGAAGGUUGUUGAUGUUGCCAGGCUCUACAGGCAGGGUAAACUGAGCCUGAGAGUAGAGCAGGAUGCUGAAGUGGACACAGACAGCAUGAUUUUUGUAAACAAGAACUUGUUACUGAAGCUGGGGUUGUUCAAUGGGGAAUGGGUUGUAUCUGCACUGUGCCCUCCUUUGGGGAAGGGAAAAAAGUCUUCAAGGACAGAACUAGCGCAAAGUCCUGGAGGAGCAGAAAAUGAAAGCACCUCAAAGUCUACAGCCAAGGCCAGAGGGGAUGUCCACCUUGCUAAAAUCAUGGCAUUUAAUGGGGACAGGUUUUCAGACAUGGAUGCUGGUGAUAAUGUGGGUUUCAUCUCACCUGUUCAGUGGUUCAACUUGUCGAAUGGAGAGCCAAUACCGGUUGGGAAUAAAGCUGUCAAAAUAAAGAGAUGGAACCAGGCACCAUCAGAGACAAGGUUGAAACUAUCAGCAAGUGCAUGCUGCUCUGCUUCACCUUCAUAUGCCAAAGAACUUCACAUUGAAACUGUCAUAUCUCCAGAUUACAACUCUUAUGGACCCUUUGACAAUAUUCUCUUUAAGCACUUCAGUACACCAAGACUCGUCCAGCAGGGAUGGAUAUUGGGUAUCCCAACCCAAGGAUGUCCUGAUCUUGUGGAGAGCAGCUCUGAUGGAGUUACAAGGUGGCCAGUCUUAUAUUUUAAAGUGAAGCAGGUAACAGGCUUUUCUGAAGAGGAAGGAGAGGUGGCAUCUUAUCUUGCAGAUACAGACCACACCUCUUUGUAUAUGAGAGGCUCUACCAAUAGCCUGGCACCGUGUUCUGUUUUGGAGGUGGGUCCAUCAUUCUGGACAUGUCUGUCCCCUCCAGCUCUCUCAAGCACUGUUGAGCAACUUAUCACAAUCAUACAGCCCCACCUCACUGAAAGGUGUGCUACUUGGAAGCAAGGCUGCUCUGUUCUUCUCAUGGGUCCAAAUGGAAGUGGUAAGGUCACAGCAAUCAAGGCAGCGUGUAGGAGGCUACAUCUGCAUCUGCUGAAGGUGGACUGUGUGACCCUCUCCGGAGACACUGCAGCUGCCUGUGAGUCUAAGAUGAAGGCAGCCUUCCACAAAGCUGAGCUCCAUCACCCUUGUGUGCUGUUGCUAAGGAACCUGCAAUUACUUAGCCAGCGACGGGAUGGCACCGAAAUGGACGCUAGGGUAGUCUCUGCUCUUUGCCAACUCGUUGCUGACACCCACUCAAGUGUAAUCGUGGUUGGCUCUGUGAGUGACCAGCGGGGUUUGUCCUCAGAUGUGAUGGCAGCCUUUGUGCACCAGGUGGCGAUGGACAGUCACUCAGAGGAGCACAGAAAGGCCAUUCUCACCAGCCUAAGUGAAGACCUCUCCCUGGCAAAAGAUGCCAGUCUUGCCAAGAUUGCUAAGCAGACUGCGGGUUUUGUAUUGGGAGAUUUCUGUACACUCCUCACCAGUGCUGGAAAAGCAGCUCACCAGCGGCUGCUGACGACUUACUAUCCACACGGAGCCAGUGCUCAGGAGGAAGAGGACCUGUGUGUGUGUGGUGUGACUAUCAUGGCUGCUGACUUUACCAAAGCUCUGGAGUCCUUACAGGAGGCCCACUCCCAGGCCAUUGGAGCACCUAUGAUCCCGUCUGUGAGGUGGCAGGAUGUAGGGGGUCUGCAGCAUGUGAAGAAAGAAAUCUUAGAUACCAUCCAGCUCCCUCUGGAGCAUCCAGAGCUGCUCUCGCUUGGCCUGCGACGCUCCGGUCUGCUGCUCUAUGGGCCACCAGGCACCGGCAAGACACUGCUUGCUAAAGCUGUGGCCACUGAAUGCUCUAUGACCUUCCUCAGUGUCAAAGGGCCAGAGGUCAUAAACAUGUACGUGGGCCAGAGUGAGGAGAACAUCAGAGAGAUGUUUAGCAAAGCUAGGGCUGCAGCUCCUUGUAUCAUCUUCUUUGAUGAGCUGGACUCUUUGGCUCCUAACCGAGGUCGCAGUGGAGACUCAGGAGGAGUGAUGGACAGGGUUGUGUCUCAGCUCUUGGCUGAGCUUGAUGGCCUGCAUUCUUCCAGUGAUGUCUUUGUGAUCGGAGCAACAAACCGUCCAGAUUUACUUGACCAUUCGUUGCUUAGGCCUGGCAGAUUUGACAAAUUAGUCUACGUUGGGAUCAGUGAAGAUAGGGAAUCGCAACUGCAGGUUCUUAAGGCGAUAGUACGAAAGUUUAAGGUGGACCCCACUGUCAACCUCUCAGACAUAGUGGAGCAGUGUCCUCCUCAACUCACAGGAGCUGAUAUAUAUGCACUAUGUUCAGAUGCCAUGAUGUUUGCUAUUAAGAGGAAGAUGUUGCGCAUCAGUGAAGGUCUCGAGUCAGAGGACAGUGUGCUCACACUGUGUGCCGAGGACUUUAGCCGGGCCCUUGAUGUCCUGCAGCCAUCUGUGUCUGAGCAGGAGCUGCACAAGUACAAACUUAUCCAGCAGAAAUUCACCACAAAGUAACACUACCACUACCACUAGCACGACUGGGUGGAGUUGGCCAUUGCUGCAUGUACCACCUCAUUCUGUGCAUUGCUGGGAUGCGCUGUCCCAACUAACUUACAUUUAGUGUUAUUACUGGAAUAGUUGAUAACUGGAACUAAUCACUGUGUUGAGCUGAGAAUUGUUAAAUUAUCAUAAACUUUAGCUAAUUUAGGAAACGCCCUUUAAAAUUCAGCAUUCAGCAAAUGAUUGUGCUGAUAAAUUCUACUGCUUUGUUACUGUAACACUAUGCAAGCAACAGAGAGUCUCCCAAAUGUAGGAAAGGAAGUGGAUAUAAUUACUGGUUGGUCUCCACUGCCCACACUAAUGUGUAUGAUAAAUGACAGUGAAGGCUUUCUUUGUGGACUUUUUUUUAACUGGAUAAUGCUUGAGUGCUUGGAUCGAAACCAUUCAUUAGUCUCCUGUAGUCUGUGUCAAUACUGCCCAAGUUUUUUUGAUCUUCCUUGAGGAAAACUGAAAGUAAGGAGGAAAGUCAGCUCUGUAAAAACAUGUGCUUGCUCACAGGUAGUUGAUGUAGUGUAAACAGAUUUACCUAUUACAAGUUUUGAGAUGAAAGCAGGUCAUCCACAAUGCUCAUUUUACACCAUAAAUCAACAGAGAUUUUGACUUUCUUUUUAUUGAAUGGACACACUUGAAUAGAUAUUUGGUCACACUUUAUAUUAAGUGGUAAUGUUUUGUAAUUCAUUGGAUAAUUAAUUAAUUUGCUAUGCAAAUGGUUUGUAUAUGUGUUGGCAUAUGUUAAGUGAAAUGGUCUAAGAUUUACUAAUUGUUCCUCUUUGUUAUAUAAAAAAAAAGCUAAUUUGAAAGCAAAAUAAAGAAUAUGAA